AUGGCGUCCGAUUUGGGAGAGGAUCUUCUCGACGUUUACGACUUCGACGCAGACUACUUCAACUUCUCGCUGCAGAAUUAUAGCGUCAUGGACGAGGACGGAGAAGAGGACUGGUGUGAGGCGGGCGAACACGAGCGGACCAUCAAGUUGUUCCAGACGUGCCUUUUGGCCAUCAUCUUCCUGUUUGGAACGGCAGGAAACGGCCUGGUGAUGGUCACCUUGGUGGCGUACCGACGUCUGCGUUCCAUGACGAACAUCUUCCUGUCGCAGCUGGCGCUGGCGGACCUGCUCCUGCUGGUCACGCUGCCGCUACAGGCGGCGGACACCAACGUGGGCUGGAUCUUCUCGACUGCGGCGUGCAAGAUGGUGCGCGCGUGCUACGCCAUCAACACGUACAGCGGCCUGAUGCUGCUGGCGUGCAUCAGCGUGGACCGCUACCUGGCUGUCGCUCGACCACAGCGACGUCUGCGUUCUCAGAUGUUACAGCGUGGAAAGAUGGCGGCGGUGGGGGUGUGGCUGGCGGCGGCGCUGCUCAGCUUGCCUGAGGUUUUGUUCUCCGGCGUGUCGGGCUCGGGGAGCGACGCGUACUGCGGUGUUCUGACCAGCGGGGAAGUGAAAAUGGCCGCCAACGGAGCAGUCACCGGCGUCUUCGGUCUGUCGUUCCUGGUGAUGGUGGCGUGCUACUCGAUGGUGGCUCGUGUGCUGUGGGCGGGGACGGCAGCGGGGCGGGCCAAGUGUUGGCGGCGUCAACGCACCUUGAAGCUGAUGGCGGCGCUCGUGCUGCUCUUCGUGGUCUUCCAGCUGCCGCACAGCGUGGUGCUGUCACUGAAGAUGGCCACGCCCUUUUGCGCCCUGCUGCCCGAGUACGUCACGUGCACGUUAGCUUACACUCGCUGCUGUCUCAACCCUGUCAUGUACGCGCUGGUGGGCGUGCGCUUCCGCAACGAUGUGCUCAAGCUCCUCCCACACGUGUGCGGCCUCUGCGCGCGAAGGACAAGCUGGCGGGCCGACGGCGCUGCCUCAACGGCCUGCUUGCCGACGUCACGCGAGAUCACGCCACCCGCCACUUGGCAUUCAUCCUUGACCCCGUAGCCUAGCACAUUAUUAUUAUUAUUAUUAUUAUUAUUAUGUAAUCCCAUUA